CCGACUUCGUCUACUUCUGUGACUUCUGCUGACGCCGCCGUCAUCGCCAGUACUCGUAGCUUAUUGUUAGUCGCCGAUUGUUGUUAUUGUUCGCGUUCGGAAACUCCGGCCACUCGGUACUCGUGUGAAGUUGAUGGAUAUUAUGUUUUAUGUGCUCGAUCUCUCAGGAUUGCUCAGUUAAUCCGCCGUCGAACUAGCGGCGUCAACGAAGCGGCAGAAUCGCUGCGAAAUAAUAGCGAAGUCGUAAGAGGUGAGCACGCUUCGUGAAGGAGUCUUGAACUCCUCGGCAGGAAUGACGAUGGAAGGCUCAUCCCCGAGUCAUCAAAGCGAAUCAGCUGGCCAGCUCCAACAGAACUGGGCAGUGGCGAAUGUGGGGGGACAGGGAGUGAGCGGGGCCUACGAACCCAACGAGGACAUGGAUGUUUUCUUCCACUCGAUCGAGGGUAAUGCCGCAUCAUACUACACCACAGGAGCGGCUCGAGCAGCCAUUCAGCAAGGAUACCGCAACGCCGCCCACUCAGCACGGAAUAACAUGGUGCGGCCACACUUCCCCACACACGUCCCUUGGAUACCGGAUCCAUCGGGAAAACCGUUGUCGUACGCUCACGGCUCAUCGUGGUUUCCUUCAGUGAACGGAUCGAAGCCUCCACACUCUCCGCCGAGCGCGGGGUCGGCACCGUCUUCGCAGUCGUCACAUUCUAGUCCUCACCUGUUCACAUUUCCACCGACACCACCGAAAGACGCGACGCCCGACCCCUCGGCAACGGCACUUCCCGCCGACUACGCUUCGUCGUCGAGUCUCAUCGACGACGUGAAAACAUCCUCGUUCAAACAGCGGAAUGAAGGACGCACCACCGAUUCGCGUUCGACACCGGGAAGUUCAGGACUGUGCAGUCCGCCUGUUGGCGUCGUCGGAACUGGGCCGGUGUCGGCCGAAAGUGCGGUGUUGUCUUUUCCGCUGGAACAAGGCUCCUACUUCUGGGGUGGACCCUCAGGUCCGGGGGCACAACGAUCAGAGGUUUCAUCGUUCGGAGAGGGCAGAGAGUGCGUGAAUUGCGGUGCAACGUCAACCCCGCUAUGGCGGCGCGACGGUACAGGACACUAUCUAUGCAACGCAUGCGGUCUCUACCACAAGAUGAACGGUCAAAACCGACCCCUAAUCAAGCCCAAGCGAAGACUGGUCAGCCAAUCGGCAGCUCGUCGAGCUGGUACCUCUUGUGCCAACUGCAAGACCACGACUACAACUCUAUGGCGACGAAAUCACAACGGCGAGCCCGUUUGCAACGCUUGCGGACUCUACUACAAGCUGCACAACGUGAAUAGACCGCUCACGAUGAAGAAGGAAGGUAUCCAGACCCGGAACCGAAAAUUGAGUUCGAAAACCAAGAAGAAGAAGUCGCCCGGCUCGGUCAUAUCGCUACCCGAUUGCCUGAAGCCGCUGAGUGACAAGUCGUUCCCGAGCUUCUCGCCGGCAGGCCAGUUUUCCAUGGGCAUGAACCAUUACAUGGGCCACCAAGGAGCCCAGUUCCCCGUGUCGAUGGGCAACUCGUUCGUUUCGUCCAGUCCGAUAACUCAACACAUGGCGUCGACGGCAUCGCUGAGCUCGCAGAUCAGUCAGAGCAUCUCGUCAAGCAUCUCCGGAGCGCAGAACGCCGCCCUCAACUUGGGCUCGAGUGCUGGCUCGGCUCUCAACUCGAUGGUGGGCGCUGGAUCGGCAGCACUCAAUUCCAUGGUGGGCGCAAUGGCAUGA